CGCCCCUCUGUUACGUCACGGUUAGCAUGACGCUGGUCUCCUGCGUCGGGAGCGCGCAGGUUGUCUGCGGCCUGUCGCGCCUCAGUGACGCUGCGGACGCGACGCCUCCGGAAGUCAACAUGGCGGAGCCCACGGUGCGCGUGUCCGGCAUCGUCCUGGCCUCUCUCAUGUUCCAGCACGUUAACAGGGACGCGGACGUGGAAGGUCUGAUCCUCGGAGAGAGUAAGUUUGAGGAGCAGAUCACCAUCAGCGACUCUCAGGCCGAUCACAUCCACAUCGAGGAAAUCUACCAUAUCCAGAAACACAUCAGCUGCCUCAAACUGAACGACUUCUACAACAGCGUUGGAGACGUGAACGUUGACGCUGUGAAGAAAAUCCUGGCCGACAAUAAACAGGACGACGUGAUUGGCUGGUACCGACAGCGCAGGAACUCGGAUCAGCAGAUGACCUUCAGAGAAAAGGUCGUCCACGAGAAGCUGAAGACGUCUCUGUCCAACCCUCACAUGAUCUUUGUGCUGCUGACGCCCAGCAGGUCGACUCCCACAGGCUCCACCCACAAGAUGGAGUACGCCGCCUUCACCUCGAGAAGCAGACAGUUCGUGAACGUUCCUGUUCUGGUCAACAACCUGGGUUUACUGGAGCAGCUGGCGUACUGGAAGGCGCUGACGCCGUGCUCCGCGGCGGGUUAUCACCUCGCCAUGAACAAACACAGCUCAAAGUUCUUCUCCUCCAACGGGCUGCUGAGGGAAGUGAACGACGUGAACGCCAUGAACGACUCUCUGCAGGCCGAGCUGCAGAAGGCGAGCAGGACGUUGGAGGAGAGUGAACGUCUGGUGGAAACUCUUCAGGCUGAUGUUUCAGCUCUCAGGAGGAAACUCAGUGAGAAGAAGAAGAUGAAGAGUGAAGAAGGAAAAGGUGGUCUGGAGGACCAGAGGGACCAGGUCCUGCAUCAGGCCUUCAGAGCCCUGUUCUUCACUCACACUUUGACUCUGGAGGCGUUUCCUGUCCCCGACGUCUGCCGCCGCUCCCAUCAGGAAGUGGACUCCGUCUCCAUGACGACCGCUCCGGACAGGACGGACUGUCGGAAGAGACCGAAGGACACGCCGGAGGGGGGGGACAGGAAACGCAGGAAGAGCCAGCCUUCAGAAUAAAACCACACCUAUUUAAGUUUUCUUUGUUUUGAUGGAACUCGAACUCUCGUUUUAAUCCGCUCUGCUCUCGUUCACGUGGAGCUCAUUUUACUUCCUAUGUUUGUUUAAAGAUGAUA